GAGCACCGCACCUGGCAGUUCUUGCCCGCCUCAACAACCAGCGCAGCCAGCCAACAUGAUCACCCAUAUCGUGCAAUUGCAAUUCAAGUCAUCGGCCAGCCACGACCGGGUCGAAGAGGUAUGCAGUAGCCUAGUCGCGCUGAAGGACAAGUGUCUCCAUCCCACCCGCCAAACGCCAUACAUCAAAUCCUUCCGAGCUGGAAAAGAGAACUCGCCCGAGAAGAUCAAUAACGGUAUCACCCAUGUGUUCGUUAUGGAACUUGAAUCCGAGGAAGAUCGCGAGUACUACCUGAACAAGGAUCCCGACCAUCUGGCCUUUGUGAAGAGCUUAGGCCCGGAAAUCGAAAAGGUUCAGGUCGUUGACUUUACCAAUGGGGUCUUUUAGAUCCCCGGCCGGGCGGGCCGGGCGGGCCAUGUACAGUAACUACCUGUCCCUGUUGUAUCCCCGAGAUUGCACAGAACAGGGAUAGCUAUCCUUACCUGCUGAGUUGUGUAUCGUAGAUGGUUGCUUCGCGCCGUGACUAGUACUAGGCGGAGUAGGAUUUGAAUACCAGGAUGAACAGGUUGUUGUAUUGCUUAA